GCUUUUGUGAGCUUUCACCUCAGCGCCAACACAAUCAACAAGUGUGUUAAUAUCAUCUUAAGCUAAUAACUGUACGAACGCAAUGGCAACCCCAAGCUCAAGCAUUAGCAAUGGCUUCGGGCUUUCAAUGUCCAACAAAAUGCUGAUUGGCGUUGGUGUUGGUGUCGUCGCUGUGGGUGGGGUUGGCUACCUGGCUUACCGACAUUUUCACCGCGAUGUUAUGCCCGAAAAAUGGCGAAGGAUUGGCACACUGCAGCGUGUCAAUGUAUUCCCAGUCAAGUCUUGUGCUCCGUUGGCGCAACCAGAGAAGGAUGAGUACGAAUGCCAUAUGCUUGGCCUGGGCAUGGGAGUAGUGCGUGAUCGCCGCUUCAUGAUAAUAAACGAUAAGAACGAAAUGUUAACAGCUAGAGGUUAUCCGCAUAUGCUAAAGAUUCAACCGCAGCAGACAGCCAACGGCCUAAUAUUCAGCGCACCGGGCAUGCCUGACGUAGAACUGGAUUAUAAGCACCUGGAGACGCCUGGCGAGGAUGUGCACACUGAGGUUUGGGGUGUCAAGGUGGACGCCAUGCACUGCGGAAGUCGUUUCGACAAAUGGUUUUCGCAGUUUAUACUUAAAUCAGACUCCGGCUUAAGACUUGUGUAUUAUCCUUAUCCUAUACCUGUGCGUCAGAUAAAUGCUCGGCUUAGAAAAAUGCCGUUCAUAAAAAGAGAGGAUGCGGGCGCUUUCAAUGAUGCCACAAGCUAUGUACUUAUGAAUUUAUCCUCAAUUGCGGAACUUAACACACGCCUGGAGCGACCUGUCGACCCACUGCAAUUUCGCGGCAAUUUCGAGCUGAAAAUGGAUGUGGAUGAGCCUUAUGCCGAGGAUCGCUGGCAGUGGAUGCGCAUCGGUGAAGAUGCAGUUUUUCGCGUUGUAGCUCCCUGUACGCGCUGCAUUCUCCCCAACAUAAACGUGAAUUCAGCGGAGCGUGAUGUUGACGGUGAACCGUUAAAAACACUACGCAGUUAUCGCUUGUUUAAUUACGCCUCGCCAGCUCUGGGCAUACAUUUGGGCCUGCGGCGCUUCGGCAAUGUCAAGGCAAACGACGUUGUUUAUAUUGAAGAUAAUCGAAUUUGAGUUUGAUUCUUGU